AUGUUUUUGGGCCUUGACCUUUCGACACAGCAGCUCAAAGGUGUUGUCAUUGAUGAUCAGCUCAAACUACGUUACGAAACAGUCGUUGCUUUUGAUGAAGACCUGCCGGGCUACAAGACUAGAAAAGGCGUUUAUGUACGAGGAAAGCAGGUCCUUUCGCCUGUCGCACUCUGGGUGGAAGCGUUAGACCUACUAUGUGCUCGCAUGAAGGAGCAGCAGGUACCACUCCAUCAGAUCCGCUCAGUGUCUGGAUCUGGACAGCAGCAUGGCAGUGUAUGGUGGUCUGAUCAGGCUGAAUCCAAGCUUGCUUCUUUGCAACAUGACAAAUCUCUGGUUGAACAACUUGUUCCGGCUAGCUUCACCUAUGACUUGUCUCCGAAUUGGCAGGACGCGUCAACUCAAGCUGAAUGUGACGAAUUGGAAGCGUGUGUCGGUGGAGCAAAUAGACUUGCGGAGAUUACAGGCAGCAAAGCACACCAUCGCUUCACAGGUCCGCAAAUUCUGAGACUAAGAAAGACUCAGCCAGACAUUUACAGCCAAACCGCUCGAAUCUCCUUGGUGUCUUCUUUUCUGUGCUCUCUCUUACUUGGUCAAAUAACACCUAUCGACGCUUCAGAUGUCUGUGGAGCCAACUUGUGGGACAUUCGCAACGAAUGUUAUCAUAAGCCACUCAUGGACUUGGUGAGUGGCGGCAAUGCAGGCGACUUGGCCUACAAGCUUGGCGAGGUAUGCAUGGAUGGGGGUCGCAAGCUAGGCAGAAUCUCAAGCUACUUUGUGGAAAAAUAUGGCUUUCACAAGGACUGUGAUAUUGUGCCAUUCACAGGCGACAAUCCAGCUACGAUCUUGUCUCUACCAUUAAGGGAGCGUGAUGCUAUGAUUUCGCUAGGGACCAGUACCACCAUGCUGCUCUCAACGCCGCACUUCGUUCCUUCGCCUGCAUACCAUUUGUUUGCACACCCAACAACCGUUGGCUUGCACAUGGCCAUGCUUUGUUACAAGAAUGGUAGUUUGGCAAGAGAACAAGUCCGCGAUGCCAUCAAUGCAAAGCAGCCUAUAGCAGCUGGCCAAGACCCAUGGCAGCACUUCAACGAGCUAGCAAAACAACUCGGCUUCUACUUUACCUUGCCAGAAAUCAUUCCUCUCUGCGAAGCUGGUACCUGGCGCUUCGACAGGAAGAACGGCCUGCAACAGCUCCCUCCAGAUUCAAGUUCAACAUGGCACGUGCCGGAAGAUGAUGCCCGAGCCAUUCUAGAGAGUCAAUUCCUCGACAUUCGUCUGAGGUCCAAGGCCUUCUUUGACCCGGAUAGCACAGAUGCAACGAGCACGACUCAGCAGCCAGAUCGAAUCUAUGUGGUGGGCGGAUCUAGCAGAAAUCCAGCGAUUGUUCAAGCACUCGGUGAUGUCCUCGGUGGUCAGGAAGGCGUGUAUAGACAGCUGGUAGGUGCAUCUAAUGCAUGUGCUCUGGGAGGAGCCAACAAGGCUGCCUGGGCGUCGUUACGUCAGCCUCAGGAGUCCUUUGAGGACUUUGUCGGCCGGAAAUGGGACGAGCAAUCGAGCGUGGAGAAGCUCGGUGUUGGCUACGAUGCAAAGACGUGGGAGCUGUAUGGAGAGAUGCUGGGAGAUGUCGCUGCAGCUGAGGCGCUGAUUGUUGACGGCCGUGUGUGA